AGUUUGAUCAGUAUCGCCCUGCUGGUCCAAUUGGAGGAUCCGCUCGCACUCAGCCUGAAUGUGAUGCUCUCAGUCGCCUCGACCAUCUUCUCUCUCUCUCUCUCUCUCUCUCUCUCUCUCUCUCUCUCUCUCUCUCAGUCUGUCUCUCUCCUCACAUGCAGAAGAAUUGUUCUCCAUGAGUCGCUCCUCUUCACUCACGGCUGGAUUUGUGCGUUUAUGAUUCUCCUCCAACAGCUCGUUUUCUAAGGCUUUAUUCUUGAGGCAGGAGAGAAAAUGGCUCAAAGCGCGCUGCUUUUUUUAUUAUGGCUAUUCGGCACAUCUCUCGCUGCCUUCCCCAAUCAAAUCAAUAUCGGUGGGCUCUUCAUGCGUUCCACCGUGCAAGAACACAGCGCUUUCAGAUUCGCUGUGCAGCUCUACAACACCAAUCAGAACACGACUGAGAAACCCUUCCAUCUCAAUUACAACGUAGAUAACCUGGAGUCCUCCAACAGUUUCUCUGUCACUCAUGCAUUUUGUUCGCAGUUCUCCAGAGGGGUGUAUGCCAUCUUCGGCUUCUAUGACAAGAAGUCCAUGAACACACUGACCUCCUUCUGCGGGGCCCUCCACACCUCCUUCGUCACACCCAGCUACCCCAUCGACUCAGACGUGCAGUUUGUCAUCCAGAUGCGCCCUCCACUGAAGGGGGCCGUCCUGAGUCUCCUGUCUCACUACAAGUGGGACAAGUUUGUCUACCUCUAUGACACAGACAGAGGAUUUUCCAUUCUUCAAGCCAUUAUGGAGGCUGCGGUGGCAAAUAACUGGCAAGUUACAGCGCGGUCGGUGGGCAGCAUCACGGACCCCCAGGAGUUCCGGCGCAUCAUUGAAGAAAUGGACAGGAGACAGGAGAAGCGCUACCUCAUCGACUGUGAAGUGGACAGAAUCAAUGUCAUCUUGGAGCAGGUUGUAGCACUCGGAAAGAACAGUCGGGGCUACCAUUAUGUUAUUGCCAAUCUGGGCUUUACCAACAUCAGCUUGGACAAGGUCUUUCUGGGCGGAGCAAACAUUAGUGGCUUCCAGAUUAUCAAUCCUGAAAACACAGUUGUUCAACAGUUUCUCCAGAGAUGGGACCGUCUAGAUGAAAGAGAGUUUCCUGAAGCUAGAAACACUCCGCUGAAGUACACUUCAGCACUGUCUUAUGAUGCUAUCCUGGUCAUUGCGGAGGCUUUUCGAUACCUGCGACGCCAGCGAGUAGACGUGUCCAGGCGAGGCAGUGCAGGCGAUUGCCUGGCUAACCCUGCGGUCCCUUGGAGCCAAGGCAUCGACAUUGAACGAGCUCUAAAAAUGGUCCAGGUGCAAGGGAUGACUGGCAAUAUCCAGUUUGACAGCUUUGGCCGCAGAUCAAACUACACUAUUGAUGUUUAUGAAAUGAAAACAGGGGGCCCAAGAAAAAUCGGAUACUGGAACGAGUUUGAGCGCUUUGUUAAUAUAAUGGAUCAGCAGUACACCAACGAUUCCUCAGUGGAAAACCGAACAAUUGUGGUCACUACUAUUAUGGAAGCACCAUAUGUGAUGUUCAAGAAAAACCACAUGCAUCUGGAAGGCAAUGACAAGUAUGAAGGCUACUGUGUCGAUUUAGCUUCUGAGAUUGCCAAACAUGUUGGGAUUAAGUACAGACUGUCCAUAGUCAUGGACGGAAAAUAUGGCGCCCGUGACCCUGAAACCAAGACUUGGAAUGGGAUGGUGGGUGAACUAGUCUAUGGGAGAGCAGAUAUAGCCGUCGCACCAUUAACAAUCACGCUAGUGCGAGAGGAAGUCAUUGACUUUUCCAAGCCCUUCAUGAGUUUGGGCAUCUCCAUUAUGAUCAAGAAACCUCAGAAGUCCAAGCCGGGUGUGUUCUCCUUCCUGGACCCUCUGGCAUAUGAGAUCUGGAUGUGUAUCGUUUUCGCCUACAUCGGCGUCAGCGUGGUGCUGUUCCUCGUGAGCCGCUUCAGUCCCUACGAGUGGCACCUGGAUGAGACUGAUGAAGCCAAAGACCCCCAGACCCCUCCAGACCCGCCUAAUGACUUUGGGAUUUUUAACAGCCUGUGGUUCUCUCUAGGGGCCUUCAUGCAGCAGGGCUGUGAUAUCUCACCAAGGUCCUUAUCGGGCAGAAUAGUGGGAGGCGUCUGGUGGUUCUUCACCCUCAUCAUAAUCUCGUCCUACACGGCUAACCUGGCUGCUUUCCUCACCGUAGAGAGGAUGGUCUCUCCCAUAGAGAGCGCUGAAGAUCUAGCCAAACAAACAGAGAUCGCAUACGGGACCUUGGACUCAGGAUCAACCAAAGAGUUCUUUAGGGUGAGUCUCCUAGCGCUUGAGAGAGUAACAUUUCUGCAUUGAUCUUCAGUUGAAAUC